GUCUUUAGUAUUUUCGGAGUUUCGUUGACACUCAAAAAUAAAAAUCGGCAAGAUGCCUUUACUUUCGAUUAUUUUCUUUGUCGUUAUGUGUGGGGUCAUCGACAAGGUGACUGGUGAGAGAACAAAUUUUUUGCCAGCCAAAGAAUGACGAUAAUCUACCCGGGACAGGAUCUUCUGUCAGCUAAGACACCGCUUUCGAACGGCAACAAAGUGACUUGGCACAAAAGUUUUGCUACAGACGUCCUCUUCUUCGGUGGCGAAGCGAAAUACACUGAAAAUAAUAUUUUCAAAACUGUGCAAUUGGAUUGGAACGAGGGUGUUGAUAUUUGUGAGGAACUCGAGGACGGUUCGUUGUUCGAUCUGGCGGGACAAUUAUUACGGGAAUCAUGGCUUCCCUCUGGUUCUUGUCCUGUCAGCAAGGGAUCUUUCAGAGCGAAAAACCCGUUUCGACUCAGGAACGUGACCGUAUCGCAAGAGUCCAAACGGUAUAUCUUCAAUCUACAAGUUGGAUAUUCUAGAGAUAAAUUGGUUUUUACAACGACGUAUGACGUGCUAGUUGUGGGUUAAUAAACUACGAAUGACAUAUGGGAGAGUAGAGCAAAGCGGAACACUCCCCCGAAAAUUUAGAACAUUUUUUUCUCCAUUGGAAAUCUGCAAAAUUUCAUUAUUCGGCUGAAAACAUGCUUCAAAUACUCAAAAUUGAAGGUAAAGAAAUUUUUUUUUUUGAAAAUCGAUUUUUUUUUUUUCGACCAAUAAAUUGAAUUAUCAGCUCAAGAUAAGCAGUGAAAUAGUUAUUAUCAUUGAAAAUAUGUAUAUUUCCAACAUAUGUGAUAUUCAUACAAUUUUAUCACGUUUACGAUAACUUCACGGUACUCUUAUUUUUUAAGGAUACACACCAGAGAGUGAGAAAAAUCACAAUGCUUUUCCUUUUUUUCGUAACACCAUGAAAAAUGGAUAAAAUGUGUAUUCAAUAAAACAAUAACAGUUGUUCCUCCUA